UGCGCGUGCGCAGCCGAGGGGGCGGGGGCCUGGGCUUGUUGUGUUGCCUCCCGAGAGCCAGAGACGGAGCCGGAGCUGCCGCCGCUGCCGCCGCCUCCAGAGCUUCCUCUGCUUCCGUCGCCGCUCCAGCUUCCCGACCAUGUCGUCUCCGCUGGUAGAACAGCCGCCGCCUCUGCCCAACAACAACAACAACAACGAGGGCGAGCAGCCUCUGGCCCCGCCCGCGGGCCUCAACAGUUCCUGGGUGGAGCUCCAGAUGAACGGCAACGGCAACGAUGGGAACGGGAACGGAAAAAAUGGGGGUCUGGAGCACGUCCCCUCCUCGUCUUCCAUCCACAACGGGGACAUGGAGAAGAUCCUCCUGGAUGCCCAGCACGAAUCGGGGCAGAGCAGCUCCAGGGGCAGUUCUCACUGUGACAGCCCUUCCCCACAAGAAGAUGGUCAGAUAAUGUUUGAUGUGGACAUGCACACCAGCAGGGACCACAGCUCUCAGUCUGAAGAAGAAGCUGCAGAAGGAGAAAAAGAAGUGGAAGCUUUGCAGAAAAGUGCGGACUGGGUAUCGGACUGGUCCAGUCGGCCCGAGAACAUCCCCCCCAAGGAAUUCCACUUCCGGCACCCUAAACGUUCCGUUUCUUUAAGUAUGAGGAAAAGUGGGGCCAUGAAGAAAGGGGGCAUUUUCUCUGCAGAGUUUCUUAAAGUCUUCAUUCCAUCCCUGUUCAUCUCUCAUGUUUUGGCUUUGGGACUAGGCAUCUAUAUUGGAAAACGACUGAGUUCCCCGUCUGCUAGCACCUACUGAGGGAGAGGAGAGCCUUGGAUGUGCGCGUGCCCUGUGAAGUGCUACCCCUGUCACGUUAGUGUAUUUGAACUCGAGACCAUUCUAAGCAUGCCCCAGCCCGAGACCCUCUUUUUACAUAUCCACGUUCCAACUCCUCUUGGGAUUCAGUAUUUUAUUCGAACUCUUGGGAGGCAUUUUCAUGACCUCAUUCCCUUUUUGGCCUGUAAGACCCUCAGAGUUUCCUUACAGAGUUUACCUUUAACGUUGUCUAGAAAUUUGCAAAGCCUUCUUUUCAACGCCGAUGCCACCAGCAAGUGAUUUUGUCCAUAGCCCCGUUUGUUGCCUCCUUUUCAGUCCCACCCGAGUUAGAGAUGCAGCAUUCCCCUAGAAAUAUUGACUGCUUUAGGACGACGACCAUUAAUUACUCUUUUGAAAAAGAAAGCAGGUUAGCAAGUAUCCUAUCAAAGCGUGAUUUUUCAGGACAAAGACAAGCUCAUAAGCUAACAAUUUAUAGUUAUAACAAAAAAGAGAAAAAGAAACACAAAAAAAGUAGUCUGUGGCAAUAAAAAAAAAACAUAUUUGAAACUAGCUUUGGGGCCAUUUUCUCUCCAAGCCUCCCCGUGUUGACUGGCACAUUGGAAAUUGGCAGGAGGCUGGCUGCACAAAGAAAUGAUGGCGACUGAGACCGAGCAGGGUCAGCCCUGAAGUAUGAGGACUAGUGUGAUGACAGAGUGUUGUCUUGGCUGACACAGACCCCUUACUUCUGAUAGAGAGGGUCUCGGACCUAGACAAGAGAAGAAAGAUGGCAUUUGGGACUUGGGGUGUUGGGAGUUUUUCCUUCUGUGUGUGAAGUUUUUGUUUUUUCAUCUCUUUCCUUUUAAAAUAUUCUUUCCUUUUCCCCCCUUAGAGAGAAGCUCUCAAAUGAGUUCUGGUUUGCUUGGUGCAUUUACAGGCUUCUUGUUAUUAUGUUGGCAAUUUCAUUUCUCCUGGAGCCCUUUAAUGACACCUUUCUGCAUCACAUUUGGGUUUCCAGAGCUAUUCCAAGCACUUGGGCUGCUCUGGGGAGUGGGCCUGGGCUGGGGGAGCAGUUGACCAAGUCCUGAAAUGAUGUCCCUUAUGGUGAGCUCCCCCUUUUUAGUGUUUACUAUACAAUCUUCCCCAGGACAAUGCCAGGGACCCUCAAGCAGGAUUCCCCUGAGGCAUCCUGCUUCUAGCUUGCUGAACUCUUUGGGGAACAUGGCCUCUCCUUCAGUGACACCUUCCUUCUUCAAAAUGUGAAGCUUUAGUACCAAAUUGUUAGGAAGCAUCAGGAUUUCCAGUGUCCUCAAGUAGAUCUCUUGGAUUUCAGAAUAUGUAGCAUGACUCUGAAGGAUACUACUACUAUAUGUUUGAUAUAUACAUAAUUACUGUUUAUGAUAUAGAUUUUAAUAUUGGCUACUUAGAGAACCACCAUUCAUUUGAAAACUAGCGAUUUGCUCAUUUAAUUAGUGCAUUAGGUUGAUGUGAGUAAAACACUAAGAACCAGUUUGGCCAAUUUGCAGAAACUGUUCCAUCAAACUAUUUUUUUCUGCAUUACAUUUUAUAAAGUGGUUGUGUUAUGGCAGAAAUGAACAGAUGGUCCAAACACAGGAUUUAAUUCUUAACUGACUUGUUUGUAUUAGUAAAACUGGCUGUGGCAAGUAUGGAAUAACUCCUUGAUUAUGCUUAAAUUUGUUUUCUCCUGCCAUUUGAGAAAGCAUUGUAGGGUAUGAGCCAGGGCCAAAAUAAAAGCAACAAUGAAUUCUUUUUAAAUGUCUUUGUUAUUUCUCCUCUCCAUCUGAAUGCUGAAUGUGGUAAUGCUUGAUUUGCCUUCUGUUAACCUAUUUAUUUCAAGUAUAUAUCAUAGAUUUCAUUUGGAGGUGAUUGAGAGGUCUGGUGAUGGUGUUCACUGAGAUGGCAUUGACCACGUGGUUUAAAAAUCAUAGAAAUGGAAAAGGCUAGUUUACUCUUAAGGACUUAUUAAUGGCACCUUGUUUUGUAUUAAAAUUGACACAAUUUAAGGGUGGGGGGAAGAAAAGAUUUCUAUUUAAAAUUGGGCACAUCUUUUUAAGAGAAAUAAAUGCAUCACCCCUUUACAGGUUAAAUAGUUGGUUUUUAUCUGUAGUGUGUUUAAAACUUGAUUAUCUUUACAGCUUUUUGACCAUUGAAAAUCAAUCCAUUUCUGUCCUAUUAUUUAUCCAGUAGCUGUGAAAUCAACUGUUCUUAGAAUCUUACUGAAAUAAAAAUGCCUAGAGCUUAUUAUCGUAAGAUGAUACAGGCAGUAUUUAUUGACAACCCUGCCAGAAGUUUGAGGUGAAAGUCUUGGUCUCCCAAACUUUGAGUGAACAAAAACAGAUCAAUGUGUAAUCUGAAAAGGGUUUCAACUAUUAACAGUUGAAGUUUUGUAAAGAUAAAUGAUGUUUUAAAAGCUUUAUACCUGUUUACAGUUUUGGAAAUAAAUGGCAGGCUUCAUUUUUCUUAUGUUUAAUGAAAACUGGCUUAAAAAUAUUUGUAAAUAGGAUCAAGAGCAAAAAUGCAUAAACUCGCACAGAGAAAAAUGGAGCAAGUUAGCUUGCUGCAGCAAAGCAUUGUUGGGGAAAAGUGAAAAAUUGAAGACCACCAUUCAGAUUCUUUCAGCAAAUUGAACCAUUUGAUGAAAUGAUUGGAAUUAACUGAGCCAAAGUGAUUCUGCAUUCUUCAUCAGUUUAGUUAUUAGCACUUUGUAACUUUACAUACAGUUUACAAUAUGUGUAUAAGCUGUAGUUAUAAACAUUUUGUGCCAUUAAAGCUCUCACAAAACUGGG